GCACAUAUAGUCUGCUCCAAGAGUAAAGGACAUGGGGAGCCCACAAGGCAGCCGAAGGGUCCUCGCGCUCUUGGUGCUAUUGAAAACAUUUAAUUUAAUCUGUGCCACAGAAGUCUGCUCAAACACAAUACUGCCAGGAUCUAAAGGCGAUCAAGGUGAGAGGGGAGAUGACGGGGACCAAGGAAGGCUGGGGAAGGCAGGCCCACCAGGACUAAGAGGAUCGCGAGGGGAACUCGGGAGUCAGGGAGACAUGGGACAGGUGGGGAAGGUUGGCCCUGCUGGAGCAAAAGGAGACAGAGGAUUAGAGGGUGCUCAUGGACCCGGUGGACUCAAAGGAAAACCUGGCUCGACAUGCGACUGUGGAAGGUACCGGAAAUUUGUCGGACAGCUGGAUAUCAACAUUAGCAAGCUGAAGAAUGCAGUUAAGUUCAUGAAGAAUGUUAUUUUAGGCAUCAAAGAGACAGAGGAGAAGUUCUACCUGAUAGUGAAGGAGGCUCGGAAGUUCAAAGAGGCCCAGAUGAACUGCAAGCUCAGGGGAGGUGCCUUAGCCGCCCCCGAAACAGAGGACACCAACUCCCUGAUCGGCAAAUACAUUGCCCAGGCCGGCCUCACCCAUGUGUUCAUCGGGCAGCGUGGUCAAGGUCAGGAGGGCGCGGACCUAGAUGACUCUCAGCCGCAGAACUACACGGCCUGGGCCCCGGGCGAGCCUAAGGAACCUCCCACCAAAGAUGGCUGCGUGCAGAUGAGCAGCACGGGGGCCUGGAGCCAGUCGGAGUGUGACGUCACCAUGUUCUACGUCUGUGAGUUCCUAAAGAGGAAGAGGGGUCCUCCCAGCGUACUGUGAGGUCAUCGCACAACAGCACGUACUGUUACUACAGGUGACAGUGUGGUGCAUUAGUUAGCGGACUUCAGCGGUACCCAAAAGCAGAGUGGUGGGGCCACUGCCGUUUCUCCCUUUUCAGAGAGGAAAACCUAAUUUUUUGAGUAAAUACCCAACCGUAUAAUCAAAUAGCAUUUAGAAUAGAAGCGAUUUUAAGGCAAGGGUGUCUAAUAAUGAAAAAAUGUCCCUAAAAAUAUACACACAUUGUGAUGGUAGGAACUAGUGAGGCAGAAUUGCAACAUAUAAAUGAAAUGUGCUAUACUGUCACAUUGUCCGAGACAUGCCUGUACCCCUUACUACAUGGUUGGUGAAUAUUACAGUUUUUGAAAAAGCAUAACAUGGUGUGUUGUGUAUGCUAAAAACAGUAUUCCACAUUUGCAAAGUUUUGUUUUAUUGAUUUGAUACUCAUUGACAUUCUGAAUGGCAAAAUCUGUACUGGGUAAAAUUCAAUAAAAAGGUCAUACUGAA